AGCUCCUCGUUUGCACUACACAGGAUUGGGGGAGGUUUGGUUGUUGCUCCGCACAGUCAGAACCUUCAUUUUGAACUUUGUGUUACAGGCUCCUGUUGCUGCGCAUUAUGUUGGGUUUAGAAAACAGUGGCGCGUUUCAACGGCAUCAGCGUGGGUGCGAUUACAGAUCUGCGUUCUCCUCUCUCUCGUCGCGUCUCAGAUCUGUGAAACCCUUUUCCGGCCCUAACCCUAACCCUCUCUUUCCUGCCGUAUGAGUGACAGCUCUUAACGGUUGUGAGGUUUUUCUGCGUUACCGCCAGGACUUCUCCGUGAGCUGGUGCGCGGCGGUUCCCACGGCAGCAGCGGUGUUUAUUUUUGCGCGUGGCGGUGCUCAAACGAGGGGGGGCUGUGUGACCCUGCCGUUAAAACAGACGGGGACUCAUGCCCCUCUCAGGAAGACACUGUACCGCCUGCACCAAGGAGGCUGAGGCUUCCUCCUCACUAUCUACACUGAUUGGGCCAAUCACUAUCUGGCCAAGUCCGGGUGCCCGCGCCUCAUUAAAGACCUGACCCAGGACAUCGCAGAUGGAGUUCUGCUGGCAGAAAUCAUCCAGAUCAUAGCUAAUGAGAAGGUGGAGGACAUCAACGGCUGCCCCAGGAGUCACACUCAGAUGAUCGAGAACGUGGACGCCUGCCUCAGUUUCCUGGAAGCCAGAGGACUGAACGUACAGGGUCUCUCCGCCGAAGAAAUCCGGAAUGGGAAUCUGAAGACCAUCCUGGGGCUGUUCUUCAUCCUGUCCCGGUACAAGCAGCAGCAGCAGCAGCAGCAGCAGUACUACCAGUCCCUCGUGGAGCUGCAGCAGCGGGUCACGCACCAGUCCCCCGGGACGGCGCCAGCCCCCCACCAAAAAACACAAGACAUGCAGUCCAGCCUCACUGCGCGGUAUGCGUCUCCGUCGCCUCACGGCGGUGUAGCGGCUGGCCAGAAGAAAAACACGAGGCUUCCGGGUCCCUCCAGGCUUCCUGCUGCAGGCAGUGGGGGCAGUAAGGUCCCGGCCGCCUCCAACCUGAACCGACGGAGCCAGAGUUUCAACAGCAUGGACAAGAGCAAGCCGCUGCAGUACUGCAGCGGCAACGAGCGCGAAGCGGCGAAAGGCAUCCCGUUGCCGGGCAGCAUUAACGGGAGCGCCGCGCCCUCCCCGAGCCCCGCCCCCCCCUCCACGCAGCAGCCGGUCUCUGCCAUCCCCUCCCCCAGCGCCGGCAAGUCCUGGCGCAGCAAGUCCAUGAGCGUCAAGCACAGCGCCACGUCCUCCCUGCUGUCCGUCAAAGCGCCCAGCCCGGCCACCUCCCCGACCCCGACGCCCGGCUCCGCCCCCUCCCCUGCCCCUGGCUCCGCCCCCAAGAGCGCGGGCGGGGGCCAGAGGUCCAUGCUGGAGAAGUUUCGGCUCAUAAACACGCGUGGGAACUGCAGGCCGGGUCCCGACCUGGGGCUGCGGGAGGAGGAGGAGGAGGCGCUGUCCGAGUGCGGAGAGGAGGUGGCGCCACCGGCGCCCCCCUGUGGCGGCUCCAAGCAGCCCAGCCCCGCCCACGGCCCCGCCAAGGGCUCCGGCAAGGCCCCGGGGGGCAAGUCCCUGCCCCAGGGCAAAGAGGACAAGGCCAAGGGCAAGAGCAAGGCCUCUGCUGCCUCCGCUGGCCGAGAGGAGAGAGAGACGCCCGCUGAACCCGCCAAGAAGACCUCCAAGAUCGCCAGCCUGAUCCCCAAGGGCGGGAAGGCCGCGGCGGUGCGCAAGGAGGGGGCCCCGGCUUCCAGCGGCAUCCCCAAGCCCGGCCUGAAGGGGGCGUCGUCCGGCUCCGGGGCGGGGGGAAAGCCGGGAGGCCCCGGCGCCGGCCCAGCGGGGGAGAAGGCGCGGCCCAAGGGCGGCCAGGCCCAGGCCUGCUACUCGCCCCGCGCGCUGGGCCGUGCCACCAUGGUGUCCUCCACCAGCACCUCCGCGCUGUCGGGCGCCGCCGCCGCCGCCAACGCCACGGCAACCGCCACGGCAACCGCGACCACGCCCGGGAACGGCGCCGUGCAGCUGCCCCACCAGCAGCUCAGCCACCCCAACACCGCCACCGUCGCCCCCUUCAUGUACCGGACCUGCUCGGAGAAUGACUGCACCACCGUGGCCCCCCCGGACCCAGGCCUCAGUGGCCCCCCCAAGAGUGAGCAGCCCUAUGGCAAGACGACCGAACUGCCCUACGGCAAGACGGCCAAGCAGUGCCUGGAGGAGAUUUCGGGGGAGGACCCGGAGACGAGGCGGAUGCGGACGGUGAGGAACAUCGCAGACCUGCGGCAGAACCUGGAGGAGACCAUGUCCAGCCUGCGGGGGACCCAGAUCACCCACAGCACCCUGGAGACCACCUUCGACAGCACGGUGACCACGGAGGUGAACGGGCGGGGCAUCCCGGCGCUGGCCGCCCGCUCCUCGCCCAUGGCCUGGCGCCUCAACCAAUCGGCCAGCCCCCGCCUGCAGGCGGGCGACGCCCCCUCGCUGCCGGGCCGCUUCGUCUACACCGCGCCCCUGCGGCGGGGCGCCGGCGGGGCGGGGCAGCGGGGGGCGGAGCUCGGGGAGAGGGGCGGGGCCGAGGGCGGGGCCGAGGCGGACGUGGCGGGGUACAUGAGCGACGGGGACCUCCUGGGAAAGAACGCCCGGGCGGAUGACAUCAGCAGCGGAUACCUGACAGAUGGGGGCCUCAAUCUGUACUCUCGAAAUGUGGGCCGGGCCCCCGACCUGGCCGCCGCCUCGCGUGACAUCAUCAUUCAGAGGGGGGUGAAGGAGCUGCAGGGUGAACUGGACAGUUGUGAUGACAGUAGCUCUGUGAGCAGUGGGCUCAGUGACACACUGGACAACAUCAGCACGGAUGACCUGAACACACCUUCCUACUCCAGGACCUCAGCCUCACACCGCAAGAAUAAGGAAUCCAAGACGGAUGCUCAUAAGCACUCAGGCCAUGACAGUGGUAGCUGGGGUAGAUCAGAGAAAGUAGAGGACGGUCUGGAUGCUAACAUGGACCCCGGCCACAGGAAACCUUCCUCCUCCUCCUCUUCCUCCCCUGCGCACUAUGAGGACCCCGACAGGACGGGGCGCACCACGGGCCUCCCCGUGUCCCAAACGGGCUCCUGGAGGAGGGACAUGACCGCGCAGGUGGGCAUCACGCCCCCCAGGACCAAAGGCGCCUCCGGAACCAUCAAAACCCCCGGUAAAACGGACGACGCCAAGGCCUCGGAGAAGGGCAAGGCCCCGCCCAAGGCCCCGCCCCUGCAGCGCUCGCCGUCCGACGCGGGGGCCAAGAGCAGCGGGGACGAGGGCAAGAAGCCGCCGUCGGGCCUGGGCCGGCCCGCCGCCGGGUCCUUCGGCUUCAAGAAGGCGGGAGGCCCGGGCUCGCUGAUGACGGCCAGCGGCUCGGCCACCCUGGGCAAGAUGCCCAAGGGCGCGGCGACGGGGGGGGCGGGCGCGGGGGGGCGCAAGACCAGCCUGGACGGCGCCCAGGCGCAGGACGACGGCGCCAGGGCCCCCCUGCAGUACCGCUCCCUGCCCCGCCCCGCCAAGUCCUCCAGCAGCGCCGUGACGGGCCGGGGAGGGGGGGCCGCCGGCGGCAGCGGCAAGCCGCUGAAGCGCCGCGACGCGGGCAAGGUGGGCUCCGGACGCUCCAGCCCCGUCGCCCUCAACCAGACCGACAAGGAGAAGGUGGGCGUGGCCGAGCCGGAGGCCUGCCUCUCCACCUCGCCCAAGGCCAGCCCCACCUCCUCCGGCCAAUCGGGGCUCAGGCAGCCCGGCUCCAAGUACCCCGACAUCGCCUCCCCCACCUUCCGCAGGCUGUUCGGCAGCAAAGCCAGCAGCAAGGCCAGCUCCCCCAGCACGCCGGAUUCGGCCAAGUGCCCGUCGGCGCUGGGCAGCCCCCACGGCACCCUGGCGCGGCAGGUGAGCCUGGAGUCGCCCUCCUCCGGGACGGGCAGCCUGGGCAGCGGCGGCGGGGGGCAGAGCGGGGGCAGCAGCCCCCUCUACGGCAGGACGCCCGAGCUGGGCACGGGCGACGCCUCCAUGGCCUCCCUGGCCUCCAGCCCCGCCUCCUGCCUGUCGCUGCCCUCGGCGGGCAGCCGGGCGUGGCCCGCCAGCCUGAGCGGCUCGUCGGCCGGGAGCAAGGACACGCUGAGCUGCCAGAGCAUGACCAGCCUGCACACCAGCACCGAGUCCAUCGACCUGCCCCUCAGCAAGGUCAGCAGGGCCGGGAGCGUCAAGUCCACGCUGUCCGAGGGCAUGCCUCUUGACAGAAACACACUCCCCAAAAAGGGAUUAAGGUACCCCCCCUCGUCCCGCCAGAUGUCCCACGAGGAGGGGAAGGAGUGGCUGCGCUCCCACUCCACGGGGGGGCUGCAGGACACCGGGAGCCAGUCUCUCCUAUCGCCAUCCGGGACGUCCUGCACCGUCAUCGGCAAAUACCACUUCUCCAACCUGCUGAGCCCCACCAGCCUGUCCCAGUACAGCCUCCCGGCCCCCAGCAUGAGCCGGUCCAACAGCAUCCCGGCACAGGACUCUGCCCUGGACCUGUACGGGGAGGCCCGCCUGCUGGGGGGCAGCGCCACCUCCCUGGAGGACCGGCCCCGGGGCAUCAGCCGCUCCGGAUCCUUCCGGGACAGCAUGGAGGAGGUCCAUGGAUCCUCGCUGUCAUUGGUUUCCAGCACGUCCUCUCUCUACUCUGCGACGGAAGAGAGGGCCUAUUCUGAGGGCCAAACAGUCCAAAAUCCCACGCAAAUCCGCAAGCUGCGGCGGGAGCUGGACGCCUCGCAGGAGAAGGUGGCCACCCUGACGUCCCAGCUGUCCGCCAACUCUCACCUGGUGGCGGCCUUCGAGAAGAGCCUGUCGAACAUGACCGGCCGCCUGCAGAGCCUCACCAUGACCGCCGAGCAGAAGGAGUCUGAGCUGGCUGAGCUGAGGGAGACCAUCGAGGGUCUGAAGACCCAGAACACCGACGCCCAGACCGCCAUUCAAGUGGCCCUCAACGGCCCCGACCACGUGCACAGAGAUCUGAGGAUCAGGAGACAGCACUCCUCUGACAGCAUGUCCAGCAUCAACAGCGGCACCAGCCACUCCAGCAUCGGCAGUGCCGCCGACGCCGACGCCAAGAAGAAGAAGAAGAAGAGCUGGGUGGCCGACUCCAUCCCUGCCCAGCUGCGGAGCUCCUUCAAGCAGGCCUUCAGCAAGAAGAAGGCCAGCAAGCCGGCGUCCCCGCACUCGGACAUCGAGGAGCAGGCGGACUCCUCCCUGCCCUCCUCCCCGAAGCUGCAGCACGCAGCCAGCCAGGGCAGCGUCACCUCCCUCAGACCCUCCCCCUCCAGCAUCGAGCUGUGUGAGUGCACGGAGGCCGAGGCGGAGAUCAUCCUGCAGCUGAAGAACGAGCUGCGGGAGAAGGAGCUGAAGCUGACGGACAUCCGGCUGGAGGCCCUAAGCUCCGCCCACCACCUGGACCAGAUCCGGGAGGCCAUGAACCGCAUGCAGAAUGAGAUCGAGCUGCUGAAGGCGGAGAACGACCAGCUCAAAUCCACGGGGAGCAGCACCCCCCCACCGCCCGCCCUCGCCAAGAACGCCCGCCCCCCCUCGGAGGCCUCCAGCACCUCCUCCUCCUCCUCGCGCCAGUCCCUGGGCCUAUCGCUCAGCAACCUCAACAUCACCGACACCAUCAUGUCCGCGGACAUCCUCCUGAACGACGGUUACCAGGGCAACCUGCGCAAGGAGGGGCGGAGCGUCAGGAUCGUGGUGUCGAACGCGGACGGCUCGGAUAAGACCAAGGGUACGAAGUGCCAGCAGUACCUGAUUGGCUCCAUCGGCGUCAGUGGAAAGACCAAGUGGGACGUGCUGGACGGUGUCAUUCGCCGCUUGUUCAAGGAGUACGUGUUCCGGGUGGACCCGCUCACCAGCCUGGGGCUGAGCUCGGACAGCAUCGUCAGCUACAGGAUCGGGGACGUGGUGCGAGGCCACGCCUCCCAGGCGCCCGAGCUGCUGCCCUGCGGGUACCUGGUGGGGGACAACAACGUCAUCACCAUCAGCCUCAAAGGUGUGAAGGAGAGCAGCAUCGACUCGCUGGCGUUCGACACGCUCAUCCCCAAGCCCGUGGUGCAGCGCUACCUCAACCUGCUGACCGAGCACCGCCGCAUCAUCCUGUCGGGCCCCAGCGGCACCGGCAAGACCUUCCUGGCCGGCAAGCUGGCCGAGCACCUCAUCGCCAAGUCCGGGAGCUACCGCAGGGAGGGCGCGGUUGCCAGCUUCAACGUGGACCACAAGUCCAGCAAGGACCUGCGGCAGUAUCUGUCCAGCCUGGCAGAGCAGUGCAACUCAGAGGAGACCGACGCAGAGCUCCCUCUGGUGGUCAUCCUGGACAAUCUCCACAAUAUCGGAGCUCUCAGCGACAUCUUUAAUGGGUUUCUCAACUGCAAAUACCACAAAUGUCCAUAUGUCAUCGGAACCAUGAACCAAGGGGUGUCAUCCUCGCCCAACCUGGAGCUCCACCACAACUUCAGGUGGGUGCUGUGCGCCAACCACACGGAGCCGGUGAAAGGGUUUCUGGGACGCUUCCUGCGCAGGAAGCUGAUCGAGACGGAGAUCGACAGGAACAUGUACAGCAACGUGCUCAUCAAGAUCAUCGACUGGAUCCCCAAGACCUGGCAGCACCUCAACGGCUUCCUGGAGGCCCACAGCUCCUCCGACGUCACCAUCGGUCCCAGGCUGUUCCUGUCCUGCCCCAUGGACGUGGACGGCUCCCGCGUUUGGUUCACCGACCUGUGGAACUACUCCCUGGUGCCCUACCUGCUGGAGGCUGUGAGGGAGGGGCUGCAGCUGUACGGGAAGAGGGCCGUGUGGGAGGACCCCUCCAAGUGGGUGACCGACAGCUACCCGUGGAGCAGCGGCGUGGCGCAGCGCGACUGGCAGGCCCUGCUGCGCCUGCGGCCGGAGGACGUGGGGUACGACGGGUGCAGCGCCGCCGCGGAGGGGGCCGCCUCCGCCCAGACCCCCCCGGGCCACGCCGAGGGGGACCCACUGAUGGACAUGCUGAUGCGGCUACAGGAAGCCGCCAACUACUCCAGCGCCCAGAGCUGCGACAGCGAUAGCGCCAGUAACCACGACAACCUGCUGGACUCCUCCCUGGAGUCCACGCUCUAGAGAGAGGGAGGAGGGAAGGGCUGAGGGGCGGGGUUUCAGAGACACCUCACAGGGGGAAGCCCGUCCCCCCCCCCAGGAAGCCCUUUCCGGAAUGCGCUACCCCCACCCCCACCCCCACCCCACUAGGAACGUCGGCCGGUCCACACGUUUGACAGGACGCUGGGCGCUUCCUGUUCAGAGGAAGAAAAAGGGGGUGUAGGGGUGGGUGGGGGGGAGAAGAACGUUACUUAGAGCUGAAUUUUUGGGGGAGUCGGUCUGACUCCACACACAGAGGUAAACUGGAGCUAGCGCCCCCCUCUGGUCGGGUACCAGAAAGCCGGGCUGCACGCACGGUGAAAAAAAA